AUUGCUCCAAGUUGUAACGAGGCCGCUUCUGCUUUCUUCUUCUUCAUCUUCUCAGUCUUCUCCAUAUCCGCCGCCGCAGUAGCCAUGGUGAACGUUCCGAAGACAAAGAAGACCUACUGCAAGAGCAAGGAGUGCAAGAAGCACACCCUGCACAAAGUCACGCAGUACAAGAAGGGCAAGGACAGCCUUGCUGCCCAGGGGAAGCGUCGUUAUGAUCGUAAGCAAUCAGGUUAUGGAGGUCAGACCAAGCCUGUGUUUCACAAGAAGGCCAAGACCACCAAGAAGAUUGUGUUGAGGCUCCAAUGCCAGGGUUGCAAGCAUGUGUCGCAGCACCCAAUCAAGAGGUGCAAGCACUUUGAGAUUGGUGGAGACAAGAAGGGCAAGGGAACCUCUCUUUUCUAGACGAACCAUUUUGGUUGUAUCUCUUGUUUUUGCUUUGUCUAUCCUGUUGGAGCUUUAAAGCAAGUAUCUUAGAUUCGUUGUUGUUAAUUUAUGCUGAACACCAAAGUUAUUGGUGAGACUCGGUUUUUGCUUUCAAUCGAUAUUAGCUUUUUGACUACAUCA